UGUAUCUUAAUUGGUCGAUGUUGCGUCGUACUGUUCGGUCGCACAAAAAAAAGUAAAAUUAACAAGUUUCAAUCAAAAGUAAGGAAAACGGAUUUAUUUGGGUUUAUAUAGUUAUAGUUAUGAGUAUACCCCAAUGGCAUACAAUACCGGCGGUGGCACUAAAUCAAAUAUUCGACUAUCUCGAUACGCGAGACCGCAGAGCUGCAGCCAAUUGUUGUUGGGCAUGGAGGCAACAUUUUUUCCAAAGACGCUACUUUAGAAACUUUCGCUUUCGCAUUGACGUGGCUAAGGAUGAGCAAUUGUCGUUCUUCCAUCGCAGCAUGGCCAAUCUGGCCAAGGAGCUGGUCAUAGUCUUCGAUUUUCACAAUGCCUUUCACAUACAGAAAAUGCGUCGGCUGCUCUACAAAGCAGCGCGAUGUGAUAACAUUCGAGCCUUGCGAUUCCAAACCAACAAUGUGGGCCUUGUCGCUGCCGGUAAUAUGCAUAGCGAGCAUCUGAUUGCCAUCGAACAAUGCUUCGUGGAGCCCUUAAAGUUGAUUUUGAGCCGUAAACAUCAAGCGUGUCAGAUCUUGGAUCUGGGUGCCAUUGAAGCGCUUACUUAUUAUGGCCAGGACUUUCUAAAGACCAUGGGCAAGCCGCAGGAGUUGCAGCAGCUAACGCUGGCCAGCAUCAAAUAUGAUCCUAGUCACUAUCCUAUACUCGGGCUGGAUGCUACGUUGCUUCAAAAAUGUGCUGCCUUGCAAGUGCUCUCUCUGGACUAUGAUACGCUCAACGAUGAGCUGUUGCAUACCAUACAGGUGCUGCCGUUGCGUAAGCUACUCAUUGUUGUGCAUGGCCUUGAUCAGGAGGAGCAUGCCGAUGUCUCAGAGGCAGCUUGGUCAAAUUUUUCAACACAUUUCACGGACAUUGAGCUGGUGCUGACGCUCGUCUAUGCCUAUGAGGCUGUCGAGCAGUUGCAAUUGCGCAUCCUGCGGCGUCACAUGCCUGUCACUCACAUUCGGAUGCUCUUCUGUGAGUAUAUGAAUCAUGAGGCUCUCGAUUGGAUGUCGGUACACAAUAGCGAUACGUUGCGCAGCAUCUACUACAUUGAUUCAUUGAGCAAGCAUUCCAAUAUGUGUCACACUAGACGCCAGGAUCCCUUUGUUAUGUUAUCCUGGCGCUGCAAACAGCUCGAAGAGAUCGUCGUCCAUGGCUACACAGUAGAUCCUCACAAUUUGCUGGGUAUCGCGCGCUUGCGCGGUCGCCAGCUGCGACGACUCGAAGUAUCGCAAAUCGAUUGGCAAUCCAACAACGCAGCGCAACCUCUUUUCAACGAGGAAAUGUGCUCGUUGUUGGGUCAACAAUGGACGCGGGUGGACCCCGAGCAGCUGCCCAGCGAGGCAUUUGGACCAGUGGACUACGACGUUAGAGAUAAAUAUGUUUAUGAAUUGAUGCGCCAGGAUCUAAGCCACUAAAGCACAACACAAAAACAAAUGCAACCAAAAAUCGAAUAAAGCAACGUCAUGCAACAUCAGCAACAACAACAACCAACCAACAACAGCAGAACAACAUGACACGUGAUCAAAUCGAGCGCAUAGAAAUUUGUAGCGUUUAGUAAAACUUUUACGUAGGCAACUAAAAAAAAACAAAACAUAAAAACAAAAAAAAAACGUUGAAAAAGGGAAAGCUCUUAACUUUUCUGUUAAGUUACAAAAAAAUAGGAACACAAAAAAAAAACAAACGACUUUUGAUAUAUAACGUAAACACUUAAACGAUUGGAAAGCCUUUAUAUAACUAACAAAUUAUAUUUUAAUUUUUGUCUUUCGUAUGCUAAACUAAGUACUUCUAUAAAAUUUCAAAUUAAUUUUGUUCGGCCAAGACACACACAGUAAAAACAAAUAUGAAAGAAUAUGUUAAUGGGCAUAUAAAAGACUUGAGCACUUCAAAAAUGCAAAAUGUAAAACGAAUUGUAAACAAACAAGUACACAUUAACGGGCAGUUUGUUGUUAACCUAAUAAUAGAAAGUUAGAACAACAAACAGCGACACAAGUAAGAUAGUUAGGACAGACGACGAAAUAUGAAGGAAUGGAUGAGCGGAUGAUAUAUAGAGAACAUCAUUUUAUAAGCAACAACAACUGUGAUUUAAAAAACAAAAUAUAAAAACAAAAUGCAAGCAAGCAAGCAAAA